AUGGCUGGGGAAAAGGACACAAUCAUGACCGAGUCACACGCGCCAUUUGACUUCGACAGCUCGUCGAGAGACUCGCAGCGUGUGCGCGAUGAUGACGCCGUGUCUGUUCGCAAGGAAGCCCUGGGCGAUGACUUGCCCAAGGGUUAUUUCUAUUCUCCGCGCUUCCUGGGAGCCCUGGCUGGCUUCUGUCUCUCCUCCAUUUCCGCUUACAUAUUUCUACUUUUCCCGACUAAUAUCUUGACUUACAUCAAUGCGGACAUUGGACCGAGUCCCUACAUUUCUUGGGUCAACAUUGGCCGAACAUUGGCUUUGUCGUUCACCUACACCAUUCUUGGACGUCUGUCUGAUCUCUUCGGACGACGAUGGUUCUUCAUCAUUGGCAAUUUCGUUGCCCUCAUCGGCAUCAUUGUCUGCUCCACUGCGCAGAAUGUCAACGCCUUAAUUGUCGGCAGCACCGUUUACGGUAUCGGCGAGACGGUGCAGCUCAGCUUCAAUGUGGCUAUCGGCGAGCUGGUUCCUAACAAGUACCGGCCUCUGGUCCUAUCAUUCAUCUUCGGCACCAGCGCGCCCAUAGCUGGUAUUGGUUCCGUUAUUUCUCGUGCGAUCUACGAAAACCCGAACUUGGGAUGGCGAUGGACCUAUCACCUUAACACGAUCGUCGUGGCUGUUGCCAUUGUUCUCCUUUUCUUUUUCUACCACCCUCCCACGUUUGAUUUACUUCACGAGCGCAAGACAAAGCGACAGAUUCUGAAGCAACUAGACUAUGUUGGCACUUUCUUGUGGAUUGCUGGUCUUACCCUCUUCCUGAUUGGAAUCAGCGUUGGUGGAACAGUCUACCCAUGGAAAUCGGCUACUACUCUCUCGACCAUCGUCAUCGGUGGUGUUCUUCUCAUCGUUCUCUUCAUCUACGAGACCUAUGCCGAUCUUGAGUACCCUGCAAUCCCUGUUAAGUUCUUCCGCAACCGCGGCUUCAUCAGCUUGGUCGCCUGUGCUACUGUUGCAACCAUGUUCUACUACUCGGCUGUGCUCCUUUGGCCACAGCAGGUCAAGGCCUUGUUCACUUCUGACAUCACAUACGGUGGUUGGCUCUCGGCCACCGUUCCCAGUGCUACAGCUAUCGGACAAGUCGCUGGAGGUUUUAUUGUAAGGGGCAAACAAAUCAACGUUCGAUACUGGAUUAUUUUCUCGACUUUCGCCAUGGUCGGUUUCGUUGGUUCUUUGGCAGCGCUUACUCCUACGAGUCUGAACACCGGAAUCGCCUUGACACUCGUAGGCCCAUUCUUCGUCGGCAUCAUCGAGUUGACCGCGCUCGCCAUUGCCCCUCUAUUCUGCAAACCCGAAGACAUUGGUCUCGCAUCUGGUCUUUUGGCUUCGAUCCGUUCCGCUGGUGGCUCCAUCGCUGUCACAGUCUACAGCACGAUUCUCUCGAACCGUCUCAAAUUCACCGUCCCACAUGCUGUUGGCCCCGCCGCCAUCUCUGCUGGUCUUCCCGAGGACCAGGUUCCAUCCCUCGCUGCCGCCGUUCUAGGCGGAACACUGGCCAAGUUCCCCGGCCUGACCCCCGAGAUUUCCAGCGCCAUCUCCGCCGUCAUUCCCAAUGCCUACUCUCAGGCCUACCAGACUGUCUACCUGGCUAGUUUCGGCUUCGGCGCUAUCGCCAUCCUGGGCUGCCUGUUCGCGAAAGAUGCUAGAGAUCUGUUGACGGACAAGGUUGAGCGCAAGAUGACCGGAGUGAAGUCCGCCGAGAAGGGCAACGCUUCGGACAGCAUUUGA